UCUUAUUCCCACUUCCCAUCUCCUCUUCUUUUUUUCUACAUGAAUUUCUCUGAUAAUCCAAAAUCCACCUAUUUAUUCUGAAAAUCCUUGCAAACAGCUCCCACCACCAAUUUUUUUCUUCUCCAGACCUUUUCCAUUCAUCAGUUUUCAAUUCUCUCAUUCAAGUCCAAAUCACUGCGUAAGGUGAAGGCUUUGUGCUGUGUUGAAAUGGCGACGGGAGCUGUACCACCUUCCUUUUCGGGUUUGAAGGGCAGGGACUCAAGCUUAGGAUUUGCAAAAAGUAUGGAUUUUGUCAGAGUUUGUGAUUUGAAGAGAAUUAAGUCUGGUAGAACAAGAAUAUCCGUGAUUAGGAAUCAGAAUCCUGGUCCAGACAUUGCUGAACUUCAGCCUGCAUCAGAAGGGAGCCCUCUGUUAGUUCCCAGGCAGAAGUAUUGUGAAUCCAUACACAAAACCGUCAGGAGAAAGACACAGACGGUAAUGGUUGGAAAUGUGGCUCUUGGUAGUGAGCAUCCUAUAAGGAUUCAAACAAUGACUACAACUGACACUAAGGAUGUUGCUGGGACAGUGGAGCAGGUAAUGAGAAUAGCAGACAAGGGAGCAGAUAUUGUGCGGAUAACUGUUCAAGGGAAGAGAGAGGCUGAUGCAUGUUUUGAAAUAAAAAACACUUUGGUACAGAAAAAUUACAAUAUACCUCUGGUGGCAGAUAUCCAUUUUGCUCCUUCUGUAGCAUUGCGAGUUGCUGAGUGCUUUGACAAAAUUCGAGUCAACCCAGGAAACUUUGCUGAUAGACGGGCUCAGUUUGAGACGAUAGAAUAUACAGAUGAGGAGUAUCAGAAAGAACUUGAGCACAUUGAGAAGGUUUUUACUCCAUUGGUUGAAAAAUGUAAGAAGUAUGGAAGGGCGAUGCGUAUUGGCACCAACCAUGGGAGCCUUUCUGACCGCAUAAUGAGCUACUACGGAGAUUCUCCUAGGGGAAUGGUUGAGUCUGCAUUUGAGUUUGCUAAGAUAUGUAGAAAGUUGGACUACCAUAAUUUUGUCUUUUCAAUGAAAGCGAGCAAUCCAGUUGUCAUGGUCCAGGCAUACCGUCUGCUUGUGGCUGAAAUGUAUGUUCAUGGCUGGGACUAUCCAUUACAUUUGGGAGUCACUGAAGCUGGAGAAGGUGAGGAUGGGAGAAUGAAAUCUGCAAUUGGCAUCGGGACCCUCCUUCAGGAUGGUUUAGGUGACACAAUCAGGGUUUCACUUACAGAGCCACCAGAGGAGGAAAUAGAUCCCUGCAGAAGAAUGGCUAACCUUGGUAUGAGAGCUGCUCAACUCCAGCAAGGGGUGGCACCAUUUGAGGAAAAGCACCGGCAUUACUUUGAUUUCCAGCGUCGAUCUGGUCAAUUGCCAACGCAAAGGGAGGGUGAAGAGGUGGAUUACAGAGGUGUCUUGCAUCGCGAUGGCUCUGUUCUUAUGUCGGUUUCCCUGGAUCAGUUGAAGGCAGCGGAACUCUUGUACAAGUCACUUGCAGCAAAGCUGGUUGUUGGCAUGCCAUUUAAGGACUUGGCAACAGUGGACUCAAUCAUACUGAGGGAGCUUCCACCGGUAGAUGACAUUGAUGCUCGGCUAGCUCUUAAAAGGUUGAUAGACAUAAGCAUGGGGGUUAUUACUCCUUUAUCAGAGCAGCUAACAAAGCCAUUGCCUAAUGCUAUGGCUCUGGUAAACCUCAAGGAACUAUCAACCGGAGCUUACAAGCUUCUGCCAGAAGGUACACGCUUGGUUGUUUCUGUACGUGGUGACGAGCCUUAUGGAGAGUUGGAAAUCCUCAAAGGCAUUGAUGCUACAAUGCUUCUUCAUGAUAUACCCUACAAUGAAUAUAAAAUCGGCAGAGUGCAUGCAGCAAGGAGGUUGUUUGAGUAUCUAUCAGAGAACGCAUUGGAUUUCCCUGUAAUCCACCACAUUCAGUUUCCAAAUGGGAUUCACAGGGAUGACUUGGUCAUUACCGCUGGCACCAAUGCUGGAGGCCUUCUGGUGGAUGGACUUGGAGAUGGUGUCUUGCUAGAAGCCCCAGACCAGGAUUUCGACUUCCUCAGGAAUACUUCUUUCAACUUACUACAGGGCUGUAGAAUGAGGAAUACCAAGACAGAGUACGUCUCAUGCCCAUCUUGUGGCAGAACUUUGUUCGACCUUCAAGAAAUAAGUGCACAAAUACGAGAAAAGACAUCACACUUACCUGGUGUUUCGAUUGCAAUCAUGGGUUGCAUCGUCAAUGGUCCCGGGGAAAUGGCUGAUGCAGAUUUCGGAUACGUAGGUGGUGCUCCUGGAAAAAUUGACCUCUAUGUUGGCAAGACUGUUGUGCAGCGUGGAAUUGCAAUGGAGCAUGCAACCGAUGCUCUGAUCCAAUUAAUAAAAGAUCAUGGCCGCUGGGUAGACCCUCCUGCCGAAGAAUAAAGAUUCUAGUAUGCAGUUUGGUGUAGCCUCUGUUGAGGGGAAUCACCUUCCCCAUCCUUGUAUACAGGUAUUCUCAAUAUACCAACCAACAUACAGUCAAUCACAGCACGAGAAAGCAUCAAAUCUGUAAGGUUCAAUGCCUACUUGUAGACUGCAAAGAAAUUGCACUAUGUACUCACUGCUCAACCUAUAUGCAGUGUUGUAUUAACAGUUUUAUUGGCAAAUGUUUCUCAAGAUUAUCUUCC